AUGGCAUCAUCAGAGAGUACCACCACUAGUACUACUACUAAGGUCUUGAGGUUGAAAAGCAGUGACAAUGAAAUUUUUGGGGUGGAAGAGAAGGCUGCCUUACAAUCUGAAACUAUCAAGAGCUUGGCUGAAGAUGGCUAUAGCGAAGAUGUGAUUCCACUCUUCAAUGUAGAAAAGAAAACCCUAGCCAAGAUUGUAGAGUGGUUAAACAAGCAUGCGAGUGGUUCAUCUAAGGAGGAACUUAAAAGGUGGGAUGCUGAUUUUGUUGAUGUUGACAAAGAUGUUCUCUAUGAUCUUCUCCUGGCUUCAAACUAUCUCAACAUUGAAGUUUUGCUUCAUCAACUCGCACAAAAAGUUGCAGACAUGAUCAAAGGGAAGAAACCUGAGGAAAUUCGCCAACUCUUUGGUAUCAAGAAUGAUUUUACCCCAGAGGAAGAGGCAGAAAUUCGCAGGGAGAAUGCAUGGGCAUUCGAGUGA